AUGGAUGAUAAUUCCAUGAAUGUGAUGCCGUCGCCGGCGCCAGCCAGCAUCCUCACCGAGGACCUCCUGGUCGAGAUCCUCUCUCGGGUGCCCUACAGCUCGCUCUGCCGCUUCAAGUGUGUCUCGAAAUCAUGGCUCGCCCUCUGCUCCGACCCUGCCCUCCGCAGGAAGUCGUCCCAGACCCUGUCCGGCUUCUUCUACCGCCUCGUCGUCACCUCGGGCCAGCCACUCGAGUAUCGAGUCCAUUUCACCAAUGUGUCGGGGAGAGGCCGGCCUAUGAUCAACCCCUCUCUCUCCUUCAUGCCUGGCUGUAAAAGGAUUGAGAUCAUCGACACCUCCAGUGCUCUUCUGCUUUGCCGCUGCGUGAAAAUGUCUCCAGAACAUGAAUACGACUAUGUCGUGUGUAAUCCUGCGAUUGAGAAGUGGAUCCCGUUGCCCUACAGGGAAGCGAUGGAAGGAGAUCAGGAUCAGUACUGUCAGGUCACUGGUGUCGAGGUGUACUCAUCCACAACUGGAGCGUGGACUUGCCGAGAGAGCGAGUGGGGUGAUAACUGUAGAGUGCAUGAUGCUACAAAAAGUGUGUUCUUGAAUGGUGUUAUGCAUUUCACUACCGAUGGUUCCUUCAUAGCCACGGUUGACAUGGAGCUGAACAGGUGGAGGAAAAUCCUGGCACCGCACCAUACAGUUUCCAGUCUUAUAGGGAUCUCUCGAGGGCACUUGUGUUUGUUGCACAUUGGCUGCGAUAUACAAAUUUGGGUGCUCGACGAUUAUGGCAGUGAACAAUGGAUCCUAAAGCAUUCUGUCAGCAAAUCAGAACUAUUCGAAGGCCGUCAGCUCAAAACUCUGACUGCAAUCCAUCCUGAAAGGAAUAUGUUUUUCUUUACCAAGGGGCGUGGAAAUAUUGUAUCAUAUGAUAUUGAUAGCAGGAUAAUGCAUAAUAUCUGCACACCUGAUCCCUACAAGGCUUAUGCAUAUCAGCCUUACUAG